AUGCCUGAUGGUGAAGAUUUGUUGAAAGUUGGUAAAUUUAAUUUUGUUGAUUUAGCAGGAUCAGAAUGUAUUGCUCGUACAGGUGCUGAAAACAAACAUGCAAAAGAAGCUGGAGUAAUUAACAAAAGCUUGUUAACACUUGGUCGAUGUAUUAAUAAUCUUAAUGGACAUUCUCUACAUAUUCCCUAUAGGUACAAAAGUAAAUUGACAAGGUUAUUACAAGACUCACUUGGAGGUAGAACCAAAACUUGUAUUAUUGCAACCAUAUCUCCAGUAAGAUUGAGUCUUGAGGAAACCAUAUCAACAUUGGAUUAUGCAACUCGUGCUAAAAAUAUUCGUAAUAAGCCAGUUGCUAAUCAGCGUGUGACUAAAAAGGCAUUGAUUCAAGAAUAUAUAUACCAAAUUGAACGUCUUAAAGCAGAUUUAUUAGCUGCACAUGGACAACAUGAUACAAUUGAAAAAGAAAAUGCCGAACUAUCCUCAAAAUUAGAUAAUCAAUUGAAAAUUAGCAAUCAAUAUUGUCAAGCUCUUCAAGAACUUCAGCAUAAAAUGGUGUCAGUUAAGUCAGAAUUUAAAUAUAAAUUGCUUCAAUUAUUUGAUGAUCAAUUGAACCCUAUUACCGAUUGUUUUGAAGAUAAGAAAGAUUUUUAA